AUGCACGCUUGCCUCCGCCACAGCUGCAAACUCCUGGCGAGCGCCGCUCGGCUCGCACCUCCCGGCCCUGUGCCACUCGUCGCCCUCGCCGCCUCCGCCGCCGCCAUCUCCGCCGCCGCGAUCUGCCUCACCGCGGCGCGCGAGGCGUCCAAAGGGCUGCAGUCUCCGUCGUCGCUCUUCACCGCCCUCGCGGCGGCGGUCAUCGGGCCUGCCUUGGCUCCCGUCGCCGUGGCGCUGUACGGGCUCGCGGUCCGCCGGCAGUAUCUCGCCGCCGACCCCGACAAGAUCGCCGCCGCGUUUCCCGCGUCAGAGCUCUCCAACUACUGCUCUCCGCUCGUGGAAUGCUGCUCGGGCGCCGUGACUAACCUGGGUAUGCUCCUGCUGCACAUACUCGCCUUCGCCUUCGUCGCCGUCUCGCUCGCCCUGUUUGCCGCCACGGGCGCCGCCUCCGCCCUCUCGUACAGCGGGGCGGCGGGCUGGGCGUGCGGGGACGUCCGCGACGACCUUGCCCACCCGCUGCCAGAGGUACUCGCCAACGCGACUGCCGCGCUGAGCCUCUGCCGGUCGGCGAGCGCGUGCCCCGCGACGGCGCUCUGCGGGGCGGUGGCGCAGCUCCACGAGGGCAGCGCCGACGUGAGCUGCUUCCGCCUCGCCGCCAACCUUCACCUCGCCGGCGCCGUCCUCGGGUCAUGGCCGGUCCGCUCGGAGAGGCUCGCUCCGCCGGCGAGCGGCCUGGACGAGGCGUGCAUUAACCUCUCCUCCGUCGCCGACGCCGCCGACGCCGACCUGUGCGGGGCGGGCCCCGACCGCCCGCGCGCGAGCCUGGCGGGCCUGUGGCGGGCCUCGCAGGAGGUCGGCGCCGCGCUGAGGGUGGUGCGGGAGGAGGAGGUGGCUGCGGCGGCGGCGUGUGCACAGCUCGACGAGUUGGCCAAGCCGCUGAUGAGGGCGGCCAGUGCGUCGCUCGUCCUGCUGCUGGCUGCUGCAGUCACACGCACCGCCCUUGUCCGCUACCACCUCUGGCUCAGCUUCUGGCGCUCCGACACGCGGCGGGGCGCGCUCUACUCUGCCGGCUGCGACGGGCUCGCGAUCGCGGUUCUCGCCGCGGGCGGUUUAGCGCUCGUCCUGGGAGCCUCCGAGGUGGAGGAGGCGCUCCCGUGGAGGCCGCGCUACCUCGGCCCCGCCACCACCGCGUGCGCCGUCGCCAUCGGCGGCGGCUGGCUGAGCGGGCUGCUCGUGCUGCUGCACGGCGUCCGGUCGCGGAGAAGGCUGGGCAGGGCUGCGGCUGGAGACAGCGACGGGCAGUUCGCCGACUUGCGCGCGAGUGUGCGGCAUCUCGAUCGAGCGGCGGGUCGAUACCGCGGCGGCGGCGGGCAGGGCGGAGGGCAGGGCGGAGGGGUGUGUGGUCGCUGCAGCAGUAUGAGCAGCUGCGGUCGCUGCGGCGGCUGCGGCGGGUGCAGCGGCUGCGGGGGGCGCGACAAGGCACUUCCCCGCCUUCUCCACGCAGCCCUGGUGCUGGUGCUGGUGCUCUGCGUCGCAGUGCUUGUUCUCUCCGCCUCCGGCCUCGGGCUCGCCGUCGGCGGCCGCAUCGCCGCCGACGCCAUCGACUCCAACGCCGCAACCCUCGACGCGAUGCUCGUCCCGCCUCGGCUCGCGCCGUGGUACGAGGUAGCCGACGGCAGAAGUCACACCAAGGUCGAGGCGUGCGCGGCUCACGCGGCCGUGUCGGCGGCCGUGGACGCCUCCGGCUCAUCACUCUCAAUGGCGUGCGAGUUCGCGUCUCUGCCGGCGCGCGCCGUGCUGGCAUCGUUGCCGGCCGUCGAGGAGACUGAUGAUGAUGAUGGCUCUGUGGCGGCGGACGUCGCGUACAGCGUCGCAAGCGGCCUGUCCGACUCGUCCAGCAAAACCGCGUCCUCGUUUGGACGCGAGGCGCGCAGCGCCGCCGCGGCACUCAACUUCGACUGCGCCGGCCUGUCCGCCGCGCUCCGGCUCGGCCGGCGGCGCUGCCCCUCGCUCCCGUCGAACGGCUCUGAGCCUGCCAACAGCACCGCCAUCGCUGCCAACGGCACCGCUGCCAACGCCAGCGCUGCUUUCGCGGAUGCGCUGGUGGGCGCGCUGCUGGAGGGCAGGGGCGUGCUGCUCCGCCUCGAGCGAGUCGCCGUGGGGGCGGGCGAGGUAGGCGAGGCAGUGCAGGCGCCGCUGGCGAGGAUGACGGCCGGCGCGGCGCUGCUCGUGGUCGGGGCGAGCCUCGCCUUCGCCUCCUUCUCGCGCCAGCGGAUGCUCGAGCUCGUCGAGCGGCACAAGGAGGCGUGGAGGAACCCGCCCGCCCCGGUGCCCGUCUACGACCGGUACGACAGCAACAGCGGCAGGCUGGGCAGGCCGGGGCUCAUCCGGGGCUCGGCCUCCCUCGGGCGGAGCUCCUCCUUCGACGCUUUCUUCGACUGCUCCUUCUCGGCCGCCUCGCGCCAGCCGUCCUGCGCGAAUCUCGUCCAGAUAGGGGAGCUGACUGGCAGCAAGCCGAGCCUUUACAGGGACAAGUGCGACUACUCGGGAGCGAUCGAGCCCGUGCGCAGCGGUGGCGCGUACGACUUGCCCGUCGGCGUGGCUUAUGACUACUGGGAGCAGUACCUGAAGGACCACGCUGUGGGGGUUGCGGAGGCGGCGCAGCACGCCGAGGAGCUGCUGGCGGAGGUCGAGGCGGAGAAGCGCGCCAAGGGCAAGAAGGGCAAGAAGAAGAAGAAGAAGGGCGGUGGGAGCGGCGGCGCUGGGCCGUCGCAGGAGUCCGACGCGCCGGCAGAGGCAGCCGCAGCCAAGCCCGCGCCGUUGGACAGGGAGGGGCUGCUCAAGCUUCUCGCGGAGCUCCACGAGGACAGGAUCCGGUUCGGCAUCACGCCGGAGACGUCGGUCGAGGGAUUGGCGGAGGCGCUGGGAGAGGCGGCGGGCGAGGCGAGCGAGGAGGAGGGCGAGGAGGAGACGGCGGAGGCAGCCGAGGAGGAGGGCGAGGAGGAGGGCGAGGAGGGGGGCGAGGAGGCGGCAGCGGAGGCGGCAGCGGAGGCGCGCCGGCAGGCUGAGGCGGAGGCUGCGGCUGUGGCAGCGGCAGAGGAGGAGGAGGCGGCCACAGCGGAGGAGGAGGAGGAGGAGGCGGCCGAGGCGGCAGUAGCGGCGGCAGAGGCGGCGCUCGCCGCAGCCAAGGCGAAGCGCGCGUCAGUUGCCGCUGCAAGGGCCAAGGCGCGGGAGGCGGCCUAG